AUGUGCAAAAAAAUAAAAUAUGCGAGUUUGAAACUUUCAAGCCAUGCCCUUACAUGGUGGAAGUCCUAUCAGAGACGGUAUGAUGUCUCAGAAUUGACUUGGAAGAACUUCAAGAAGCUUUUGAGAAAACAAUUUUAUCCAGUUGGCUAUGAAGAUGAAAGAUGGUAUAAGUGGCAACACUUCAGACAAAGAUUUGGGCAGCCUGUACAAGAGUAUACAACAGAGUUCCACAACCAAGCUAUGGUUCUGGACAUUGACGUUGACGACUACGACGUUUUCAUGAAGUAUACCGGAGGUCUUGCCGACUACAUACGGAAAGAACUAAAAUUGUUCACCGUAGAUACUAUUGAAGAUGCUACUGUGAAGGCCAUAGCCAUUGAGGCAAAAAAUAAAAGAACUGACAAGAAGGAUGACAGAUCAAAACCUGUCAACAAAACUGACUGGCAGAAAAAGGGGAAGCAGAGCAAGGAAGGUCAGACACAGAAUGUCUACUGUGAUCACUGUCAAACCAGCAGACAUGCCAAAGACAAGUGCUGGAUACUCCAUCCAGAGUUACGGCCAAAGCGCGAGAAAAACAACCAGGGGAGAAAUGACAGAAAAGCCACAUUAACUGCACAACGGGCAGAAGACCAGCAGAUACUGAAGACACAGGCUUUAGUAAGAACAGUGGGUUUAAACACCACACCACAUCCUAAGCCGUACCCGUUAGGAUGGAUUCAAAAGGAUGUUGACUUACAGAUCACGAAGCAAUGUACCUUCAAAUUUGCUAUCACCAAUCGAUAUAUCGAUGAGGUGACAUGUGAGGUGGUUCCUUUGGAUGUUUGCCAAGUCAUAUUAGGUAGUCCAUAUUUAUGGGACCGAGAUGCCAUCCAUUAUCGAAGGCUUCGCAAGUAUCGACUUGUGAAAGAUGGGAAGGAGUUCCACAUCAACGCUUGCAAGCCUCAAGCUACAAAUAAUUUGCUUACAAAUAAUUUGCUGACAGCUAACCAAGCCAAGAGGUUAGUCAAUUCAUGUGGGCGAUUCGUUUUGUUGAUGAUUCGACCGCAAGAUCAGAGUUCUAGAGUUGUGACAUUGUCUACAUUGUCUUUAUCUCCUGCACAAUGCUCAGACAUAGGGAAAUUACAGGAGAAGUUCAAGGACUUAUUUCAUGAUGUGCAGGGUUUGCCACCACGGAGAGCUGUGGAGCAUGAGAUCCAGUUGGUAGGAGAUUCACCUCUACCAAACUUGGGUUUGUAUCGUACAUCUGUGACGGAAUCUGACGAGAUCAAGAAGCAAAUUCAAGGACUUCUUGAACAAGGAGUCAUCAAACCCAGCUGCUCACCAUGUGGUUCGCCAGUGUUACUUGUGCCUAAGAAAGACGGAGACUGGCGUAUGUGUGUAGAUUAUAGGGCACUCAACAAAAUAACCAUUAAGAAUCGGUAUCCAUUGCCGAGGAUUGAUGACCUACUAGAUCAACUACAUGGUGCACACUACUUCACUAAGCUUGAUCUCAAAUCUGGCUAUCACCAAGUCCGCAUCCAUGACGAAGAUACUUGGAAAACUGCAUUCAAAACAAAGGGUACGACACAGAUGCUGAUUUCAACUCAGCCUAUGCCAAGCUGGAACAAGGAAAGACUAGGAACACAAUUGUGCAUUCCAGAAGAUGGUGACAGAUUGCAAUGGAUUCGUGAGGCUCAUACUUCUAAAGUAGCAGGGCAUUUUGGAGUUGAGAAGACUUUAUUGAAUCUUCGUCGCUAUGUGUAUUGGCCAAAGAUGCAUCUCGAUGUUUCACGAUACAUUCGAGGUUGUGUUCUAUGCAACACAUCAAAGCCUUCCAACAGGAAGUUAGGACUGUAUCUUCCAUUACCAGUACCUACUCGACCUUGGGAGAGUAUCUCGAUGGAUUUCUUAGGUGGCUUGCCUAAAACCAAGUCUGGAAAUGACUACUUGUUUGUGGUGGUAGAUCGUUUCAGUAAGAUGGUGAUUCUCAUUCCAUGCAAGAAGACCGUAACUGGAGAAGGAGCUGCUAAGUUAUUUUUCCAAUAUGUUUGGAAGCAUUUUGGCUUACCUACAUCAAUUAUUUCUGACAGAGACAGUCGAUUCUUAGGCCAUUUCUGGAGGUCGUUAUGGGGAAUGAUGGAUACUAGAUUGAAAAGAAGCACUGCAUUUCAUCCACAGACAGAUGGGCAAACGGAGGUCGUAAACCGGACUAUGGUACACUUGUUGAGGGGUUACAAUUCCAAGCAUCCGAAGACUUGGGAUGAAAGUCUCCCUUACUUACAGUUUGCUUUCAACCGAGCAAUUCAUGGCUCUACACUCAAAUCUCCAUUUGAGGUUUGUUUGGGUUAUUUACCCCAGAGUCCUUUUGAUUUAGCAUUCACUAUGAGUGACCAACCAUUAUGUGGGAAAGAAGAAGAAGAACAUAUUCGAGCCAAUAAAUUUCUCGAACGAGUCAGAAAGAUUCAUACUGAAGUGGAGGCACAAUUGAAACGUUCUCAGCAACGAUAUAAAGCUCGCCAUGAUAAGCAUCGUGUGCCAUGUAACUUCAAAGAAGGUGACCUAGUAUGGUUACACCUUGGAAAGGAGCGGCUAACAGGUGAAGGCAAGAAACUGAAGCCUAUUCGUUAUGGACCGUUCAAGAUCAUCAAACAAAUUGGUGAUAAUGCCUUUCAACUUGAAUUACCACCAUACAUGCAUAUGUACUCGGUCAUCAAUGCCGAGAAUCUUAAGCUUUUUGAGCCAUCUCUACUUGAUGAUGAUCCCGACGAAGACAUUCGGCUUCCAUCAGUUGAUGACUUAAAAAUUGAACUAGAAGACCCUUUGCUGAAGGAUUGUAUCUUGGAGCAGAAGGUUCGUGAGACCCGACAUGGAAAGUAUGAGUAUUUUCGUAUUGGCAGUAAAGGGCAACUUCCCAGCAAAUCGAAAUGGUAUAUUCGAGACAAGGCUACUCAAGAAUUUCCACAUCUCACCAUUUAA